UUUCAUUGUGUUACUUGAUCGGUUUUGUGAGAUGUAAUGAUGUCGUUAUUAGUGAAGGAUUGGUUGAUUUGGAACCAAUGUUGGAAUUAGAACAAGGUACUUUAAUUGGACGUAUUGAUACGGAUUAUCUAGGUGAUUCAUUUUACAGUUUUCAAAGCAUACCUUAUGCAAAACCACCUAUAGGUGAUUUACGAUUUAAGGCACCAGAGCCAUUAGAAAAAUGGAACGGAACAUGGAAUGCCACACAAAUUGCACCAAUGUGUUCACAAAAAAUUUAUCAUAAAUUCUUGGGACAAGAAGAUUGUUUGUACCUGAAUGUUUAUACAAAACAUUUAAAUCCAAAUGGUUCUUCCAACGGUUUAACAAAUGUACUAUUUUGGAUACAUGGUGGAUUUUUCACAGAAGGUUCUGGGAAUCCACGACAAUAUGGUCCUCAUUAUUUAAUCCAUGAAGAUAUUGUAAUCGUUACAAUAAAUUAUCGAGUUGGAACUUUUGGAUUUCUAAGUUUGCCAGAUACAGAUCUUAAUAUUCCUGGUAAUGCAGGAUUAAAAGAUCAAUUAUUAGCAUUAAAAUGGGUAGAAAAAAAUAUUGUUUACUUCGGUGGGGAUAAAGAUCGCGUAACUUUGGGAGGAAACGAUGCAGGUGCAGCAUCCGUUGAAUAUUUAAUGGUCUCACCAAAAAGUCGUGGUCUUUUUAAUCGUGUUAUUUUACAAAGUGGUAAUUCACAAGCGUAUUGGGCUAAAGGAAAACCUCAUAGUAUUGCUUUAGCUAAAUUAUUAGAAGUAGCCCCGAAAAAUUUAACAGAACGCCAAGCUUGGGAAAUAAUCAAUCGUGCAAAUACGGGAGAUAUUCUCCAAGCCCAAAGUUUACUUAUUCCAGAAACUGAAGCUGAAGGUAUUAUUGCACCAAUCAUUGAAUCGAUUAAUUCUCCAUCAGCGAUAGUGACACGAACCCCACAAGAAGUUAUUGAGGGUAAAAUGUUUAAUGCAUUACCAUAUCUAACCGGAUAUAACUCCAACGAGGGAAUAAUGGCAUUAUUUUAUUAUAAAUUAAAUCCGGGAAGUAUACCCCAAACCGCAGCUGAUUUUGAGUUAUUUUUACCGGAAGAUAUGUACAUAACUAAAGGAACUGAAAAAUCAUUACGUCUUGCACAAAAAAUUAAAGAAUUUUAUUUUGGAAAUUCGACUCCGUCCAUGGAAAAUAUUCAAAAAAUGUUUAACGUUCAUACAGAUGUUGCAUUUGCCUAUCCAGUAUAUAAAGGAGCGCAAUUAUUGUCUGCAAAUAUGCCACGGCCAGUAUAUAUGUACAUUUUCUCACAAAAUUCCAGUUUGAAUUUUUACAAAGCUCAAUAUGAUCUGAAAAAUUUACCAGGAGCUUGUCAUUACGACGAAUUAGGAUAUAUUUUCAGCUUUACAGAAAAUGCACCAAAAAUUGAACGUGGCAGUGAUUUAGAAUUUUAUAUAAAGCGAAUGUGUCAUUUAUGGGGUAACUUUAUACGAUUGGGAAAUCCAAACGGUGUCCAUAAAAAUGAUUUUUGGAAUGUAACAUGGUUACCAGCAACUCACAAUGCUUUUAAUUACAUGAAUAUUGACGAUGAACUGGUGCCAAGUAUUGAGCCCAAUAAAGCAGCUAUGUUAUUCUGGGAUGAACUGUAUAUUGAAGCUUUAGGUGAAACGGCUGUUAUUAUAACACCUGAAAAUGUUCCAGAUUUAACAGAUGAAUUGGAUGAAAAUGAAUCCGGAGGAGCAAUAUCUGUAUACUCGAAUUAUUUCCUAUUACUUGUUUCUUUUCUUUGCGUGCAGCAAUUUUUGAGUAUUUUUAGUAUAUGGUAAAUUUAGUAUAUGGUAAGUCUUAAAGUAAAGCAGGAAUCAUAUAUUUUGAUUUUAAUUUUAAUUCAAAAGAUCUCCCCUUUAUAAAAGGCAUGAUCGAAAUUAGUUAUCUUUAUUUCGGAUAAAUUUUUUAACAUAAACUCAAAUAUAUAAAUAUUUAUUUAA